ACAAAUCCCGGCGUACUUCGCAACUCGCGGAGGUCAGGAGUUGGCAGAGCGGCACCCCGCGGAGACAGGAAAUCUAGGGAUCCAGGGAACCACGGUCGUUCAGCCCCCCCACUCCUCGUCAGGAUAAGUAGAAUCAGGGAUAAGAGGUCAGAGCCUCAGGGAGACGGCAGAGUAGAGGGUGGGGGGCACCAGGGAGAGAUCAGGGCAAAGGGGAGGGGGAAGUCAGGGAGAGAUUAAAGGGGAGAAUUAGGGCGAGAGGCCUUUUAGGUUAAGAGACCAGUUAUAGGAAGCAUUUGGGGGAUCACACUCAAGAGGAUGCUGGUGGCUGCAGCAGCUGAGCGGAACAAGGACCCCAUUCUCCGGGUCCUGCAGCAGUUCAUAGAUCCUGCCCAGGCCGAUUUCCAGGUACUGGAGAUAGCGUCAGGUUCGGGUCAGCACGUGGCCCAUUUCUCGCAGGCUUUCCCCAAGGCAGUGUGGCAGCCCACGGAGGUGGACCAGCAGAGCCUCAACAGCAUUUUGACUCUCACCAAGAACUGGCAGCUUCACAACGUGAGGCCACCCCUGUUCCUGGAUGCUUCCUGCAGCUGGGAGAAAUGGGGAGGGAUCCAGCCUAGGUCUUUGGACCUGGUGCUCUGUAUCAAUAUGAUUCACAUCAGCGCCAUGAGCUGCACAGAGGGGUUGUUCAAAGGGGCCGGACAGCUGCUGAAACCUAAUGGUUUGGUGAUCACCUAUGGGCCUUAUGCCAUCAAUGGGACGAUCACACCCCAGAGCAAUGUGGACUUUGACAUCAGCCUCAGAUGCAGGAAUCCAGCCUGGGGGCUCCGGGAUGUAUCCCUUUUGCAGCAGCUUGCCCAAGCCAGUGGCCUCUACCUGGAGAAAAUGAUUGACAUGCCAGCCAACAACAAAUGCCUGAUUUUCCGAAAACAGUGACUCACUGAUCCCCUAUCAUUACUCCUCACAAAACUUGGGAGGAUUCCAGCUUUUACCACUGUGCCUGCCACACAGUUCCAGAACUUCAGAAAGACCAGGGGUCGGGUCUCUACUGACACCUGCCAAGUUUAUCUUUAUGUCCAGGCUGAGCCUGGAGCUUCUCUGGUUAAUAGGUUUCUACCUUGCCAAUGGGGGAUCGUUUCUGAGCAGGUCCUAGCUUUUCAGAAGCUUGGCAUGUUUAGGGAUGUUUCUCCAGGGGCCUGCCAUGCAGGAGCAGAAUUGGGACUGAAUAUCAAGCAUUGGCACAUCCAGAUCCUAGUGUCACCCAGCUCUUGGCCAGGCCCAUUCUCAUGCCAAGGGCAUUCUUCUCCCUCACCCCCCGCAUGCUUUCUAAGACAUCCCUAUCUUCAUGCAUGGAGAGGCAAGAGUUUGAGCCUAUGGGGGCAAAGGUGUUUAUUGUAUAUCCUUGCCACCUUGAAUGAAAUCCACUUUUUUUGGUGGGUUCUGUCUCUGUCAUUGACUUAUCUCAUGACACCUUGUGGGCCUUAGUUUUUCUGUUGAUAACUUGAGUGGGUUGGAGUAAAGGAUCUCAGCUCUAACAUUC